AUGUCUCUCCCCACGACUUCACCAUUCCUUCCUAACGGCGAGCAAAGAGGGAGGCGUCACUCUAUCUUUGCAGAUUUUAUCCCAGAAAAUUUAGACUUCCCACCGCCGUUUAUUGACCCGACUCCAAAUGUGGAGGAGAUCCUGAAUAGAGAUAUUGACGAGUGCUCUUCUGGUGAUGAACACCGCGAUGAAGAAGCAGUAGAGGACCCGCGCUACGUCAACGAGACUGACCUGCAGCUUGCAUUCCAUCCUAAUGGGGUGGCAUACGGUUCAGGCUUCUCGACUGUUCCGCCUACAGGUAUCGACAUUCCCGCGCCGAACCCACACGAUUUCGAGACAUCCUACCGCGCAGAGGUAUCGCUACUACGCGAUAAUGACUUCAUCCCACCGAAGCAUCCGCCGACAGGAUGGCGCGCGACGUUCUGGGGACGCCUGUACCGUCACCUCUUCAGUACACACGUGCACGAUCACGAUAAACCGCUAUUCGGGGCCGAAGACUCGGGCGAGACAACGCCGCUUCUGCGGGAGCGGGUCGUUCGAUUCGAUGGUAUACCGCCGACGCCUGGACCGGACGAGGUUCAUAAGCGAUGGGAGGAAGCGCUUGCUUCUCAGAAGCUCGAGACGACGUGGCAGCGCGAGACUAAGACGUUGAUCCAAUAUGCUUUACCUUUGAUCGUUACGUUCUUGCUGCAUUACUCUGUCACUGUGGCGAGUGUCUUGACUGUCGGGCGAUUGGGAAUGGAGGAGCUAGCUGCCGUCAAUCUGGCUACUAUGACAGCGAGUAUCACAUACUACGUCCCCGUCCAAGGUCUAGCGACAUGUCUCGACACCCUCUGCGCGCAAGCCUACGGUUCAGGCCACAAGCAUCUCGUCGGCCUCCAAGCGCAGCGUAUGACAUGGCUCCUCUGGCUACUCAUGCUCCCGAUCGCCGUGCUGUGGUGGUUCUCAGAGCCCAUCCUCGCAGCAGCUGUCGGACCAGGACGUACGACUGCAUUAGCAGCCAUGUACAUGCGCAUCCUGAUCAUUGGCAUGCCUGGCGUCUCAGCCUUUGAGAGCGCAAAGCGUUUCGUUCAAUCGCAGGGUCUAUUCCAUGCGACAACGUAUACCCUACUCAUCGGUGCACCUCUGAGCUUCCUUCAGAACUGGCUGUUCGUGUUCAAGCUCGGCUGGGGCUUCAAUGGCGCCGCUAUCGCUAUGGCUGUUACGCAUAACCUGCUGCCCCUUCUUCUUAUUCUAUACGUGCGUUUGUUUGAAGGAUCGGAAUGCUGGAAGGGCUUUUCUCGCAAGGCGUUUAGCAACUGGGGACCCAUGAUCAAAUUGGCACUGCCUGGAAUGAUCAUGAUCGAAGCUCAAUUCUCCGUCCUUGAGAUACUCACCAUCUGUGCAGGAAGAUUCGGUACAGCGCAGCUUGCUGCUCAAGGCGUUCUCGUGACUUUGACAUCGACGUCCUUCAACAUUCCCUUCCCGUUGGCUAUCGCGACAUCGACUCGUGUCGCUAACCUCAUCGGCGCAAACUUGAGUAAGGCUGCGCGCGUCACUGCGAAAGUGGCCAUCUUCGCCGCGCUCUUUGUCGGUCUGUUCAACUUGACCAUCUUUACCACUCUCCGGAGACAGCUACCAGAGGUCUUCACAGAUGAUGCUCAGGUCGUCGACAUCGCAUCGAACGUCAUCCUCGUAUGCGCCGUAAUGCAAAUCUUUGACGCGCUAGCGGCUGUGUCGCAUGGUCUUCUCCGAGGUAUCGGUCGCCAGGCAAUUGGAGGUUAUGCCAACCUGUUCUCGUACUACGUUGUCGCUCUACCAAUUGCGCUCGGUACCAGUUUCGGUCUGGACUGGAAGUUGGCUGGUCUUUGGGUCGGAUUGACAGCCGGUCUUGCUGUUGUGUCGGGCCUCGAGGCCAUUUAUUUGUACUUUACGGAUUGGGAGGCUGCUGUCGCGCAAGCUGAAGCGAGAAUGAGAACGGAGACUCAUAGGAGACGCUCUUCACUUUCGGCGCGAUCGCAAUGA